AACCCUACUUCUGGGUUACCCUCCUCCUUGUUCCCUCAAUCCAAAAUUCUUUCUGCCUUCCCCAUUGUACAGACUCACAACCAUGUACCGGGUAGUUUCAAAGUUAGCUUCUUCAGUCAGAUCAUCCGCCUCAAAAAAUCUGGUAUCUAGUAGAGUAAUAUGCAAUAGAAAUUAUGUGGCAAAGGAUAUCAAUUUUGGCAUUGGGGCACGGGCAGCCAUGCUGCAGGGUGUAUCUGAGGUUGCAGAAGCUGUGAAAGUCACAAUGGGACCGAGGGGACGCAAUGUAAUUAUUGAAAAAAGUCGAGGCAAUCCCAAGGUCACAAAGGAUGGUGUUACCGUUGCCAAAAGCAUCAAAUUUGAGGAUAAGGCUAAAAAUGUUGGUGCAGAUCUUGUAAAGCAAGUUGCAACCACCACAAAUAAAGCAGCUGGAGAUGGCACAACUUGUGCGACUGUCUUGACUCAGGCGAUUCUCACAGAAGGCUGCAAAUCAGUGGCUGCUGGUGUAAAUGUGAUGGACCUCCGUAGUGGUAUUAAUAUGGCAGUUGAUGCUGUCAUAUCUGACUUGAAAAACAGAGCAGUUAUGAUAUGCACCCCGGAAGAAAUUAUGCAGGUUGCUACUAUUUCUGCAAAUGGUGAACGUGAGAUUGGAGAACUGUUAGCAAGGGCAAUGGAGAAAGUUGGAAAGGAAGGAGUUAUUACUGUCACGGAUGGGAAUACUUUGGAAAAUGAGCUGGAAGUGGUUGAAGGAAUGAAGCUUGCCAGAGGUUAUAUUUCUCCUUAUUUUGUUACUGAUCAGAAGACCCAGAAAUGUGAACUUGAGAAUCCUCUGAUUCUCAUUCAUGACAAGAAAAUUUCAGACAUGAACUCACUUGUGAGAAUAUUGGAGCUUGCUGUGAAUAAAAACAGACCACUUCUUGUUGUCUCUGAGGAUGUGGAGAGUGAUGCACUUGCCGUGCUUAUUCUCAACAAGCAUCAUGCUGGUUUAAAGGUCUGUGCAGUUAAAGCUCCUGGUUUUGGGGACAACAGAAGAGCAAACUUGGAUGAUCUUGCCAUUCUUACUGGUGGAGAGGUUAUCAGUGAGGAUCGUGGUCUAACUCUUAACAAAGUCAAAGUCGAAAUGCUUGGCACUGCAAAAAAGGUCACUGUCUCUCUUGACGACACAAUAAUUCUACAUGGUGGAGGGGACAAGAAGCUGAUUGAAGAAAGAUGCGAGCAGCUGAGGACAGUGAUGGAGAAUAGUACUGCCACAUUUGACAGGGAGAAAGCACAAGAACGGUUAUCAAAACUGUCUGGUGGUGUAGCUGUUUUCAAGGUUGGGGGAGCAAGUGAGUCUGAAGUUGGAGAAAGGAAAGAUAGGGUUAUAGAUGCUCUGAAUGCUACAAGAGCAGCUGUUGAAGAGGGUAUUGUGCCAGGUGGUGGAGUUGCUCUUUUGUACGCUACAAAGGCUCUGGAGAACAUUCAAACUCAUAAUGAAGAUCAGAAAAGAGGCGUCCAGAUAAUUCAAAAUGCACUUAAGGCACCUACUUUCAUUAUAGCUUCAAAUGCUGGCUUUGAUGGCUCUCUAAUCGUUGGGAAAUUACUGGAACAAGAUGAUCCUAAUUUCGGUUUUGAUGCUUCCAAAGGUACAUAUGUAGACAUGGUGAAAUCUGGAAUCAUAGACCCUCUUAAAGUUGUUAGAACUGCCUUAGUGGAUGCUGCCAGCAUUUCAUUGCUGUUGACAACAACAGAGGCAGCUAUCCUGGACAAUCCAAACGAGAAAAAACCUCCCAGCCGGAUGCCAGAUAUGGAUGACAUGGAUUACUAGCCUGAAUCACAACUCUAUUAGCAUCGUCAUGUCGAAGCUACCAAUACUUUGAUGAAUUACAGCAUUCAAUUGUAAAAUGCUGAUAAAACGUCAAUUUUGAAAUUGAGUUCAGAACUUUAGAGCCAGGAUGAACCACAUCUCACGUAAUACAUUCUCUCAACCCAAUAUAUCUUAUCAUGUUUU